AUGGAGACCCUGGAAGAAACUGAACUCUGCAUUCCACAACUGACCAACACUUCAUGCAGGAAGACCAAGCGUCCUCACUUUGCAGCCAUUCUUAUUUACAUUAUAAUGUCUUCAAUGUCUCUGCUCACUGCAACUCUCAACCUGCUGGUCAUCAUAUCCAUUUCACACUUUAGGCAGCUCCACACUCCCACCAACCUCAUCCUCCUCUCUCUGGCAGUCUCAGAUUUCUUAGUUGGCUUCCUGAUGUUCUUUCAAGUUUUGCUCAUAGACGGCUGCUGGUUCUUUGGUGACCUCAUUUGUAUUCUUUAUGAAAUAGCAGACUACAUUAUUACUUCUGCCUCCGUAGGAAACAUGGUGCUUAUAUCUGUUGAUAGAUACUUGGCUAUUUGUGAGCCUCUGCAUUACUCCACCAAAGUCACAGAAAAAAAAGUUCAAGUCUGUGUUUGUCUGUGUUGGAUCGGCUCUGCUUUAUAUAAUAGCCUCACAAUGAAGGAUAAUCUUAAACACCCAGGCAGGUAUAAUUCCUGUAUUGGAGAGUGUAUGGCUGCUCUUGAUUAUGCUGCAGGGAUUGCAGAUCUUUUUUUUACCUUUCUCGGUCCUGUCACUGUCAUCAUAGUUCUGUAUAUGAGAGUGUUUGCGGUGGCUGUGUCUCAAGCUCGUGCCAUGAGGUCUCAUGUUGUUACUGUCACAGUCCAACAAUCAGUCAAGGUAACUGCACAAAAAUCUGAGCUGAAAGCAGCCAGGAAUCUUGGUGUUGUUAUUGUUGUGUUUCUUAUAUGUGUCUGCCCUUAUUUUUGUGUUGCACUAACAGGCCAGGAGACCAUGCUCAAUGCUUCAUCUGCUGCCUUUGUAAUAUGUUUGUUCUAUUUCAACUCAUGUCUGAACCCUCUGAUCUAUGCACUUUUUUACCCCUGGUUCAGAAAAUCUAUUAAACUGAUUGUUACACUAAAGAUCCUGCAGGCUGACUCCUGUGAGGCCAACAUACUGUAG